AUGGAGACAUUGUGGGCCUGUGUUCUCUUCUUGAACGUGCAGCCAUCAUGUGAUGGGAAGCUCCUCUUCUUUGGAUACGAUGCUGAUGACGACAGGCUUGUCAAGAUUUUGUCUUCAAAGAAAGACUUAUUAAUUUUCAAAAAACUUUUUCCUGGUCACUUAAUCCAGGCUGAUGCCAUGUCCGUGCACUUUAAGGGGGAUGUAGAUGGUACCAGACAGGAAGAAGUGGAAGGUGAACUCAGUGAAGAAGAACGCUGGUUUGGAAAUUCUUCAGAAACUCCUUCAGAAGCGUCAUAUGGAGAAGUCCAGGAGAACUUUAAGUUGUCUCUUGAGGAUAGAAUCCAAGAGCAGUCCACUUCCCCAGAUACUUCUUUGGGAAGUGCAACUCCUAGCAGCAACACAGCGGAGCUGGGAUCCAUUGAAAAUGAGGCACUAAGAGACACAUUACAGAGCAAAGAGCACCUUUCUCCUGAUGUGUCAUCUCUGUGUGAAGAAGAACCUCCUGGUCCAAAUAAGCCACUGAGUAGUAACCUGAGGCGGCUACUGGAGGCUGGCUCCCUCAAGCUGGAUGCUGCUGUUACAGUCAAUGGCAGAGUCGAGUCCCCCGUAAAUCUCGGCUCAAAUCUCUCCUUCUCUCCACCUGCUCAUCAUGCCCAGCAGCUAAGUGUUCUUGCCAGAAAGCUUGCUGAGAAACAGGAACAAAGUGACCAAUACAAUGCAAGUAGUCACUUUAUAUGGAAUCAAGGUAAGUGGUUGCCAAACUCAACCACUACCUGUGGUUUGUCCCCUGAUUCAGCUAUCCUGAAACUGAAAGCCGCAGCCAAUGCCGUUCUGCAGGACAAAUCUCUUUCAAGGACUGAAGACACUAUAAGAUUCGAAUCCUUUUCCUCACCUUUUAGUUCUCAGUCAGCCAGCUCCACAUUAGCAGCUUUAUCUAAGAAAGUGAGUGAAAGAAGCAUGACUCCUGGGCAGGAGCACCCGCCUCCGGCUAGUUCUUUCCUUUCUCUGGCUUCCAUGACCUCUUCAGCUGCCCUUCUCAAGGAGGUUGCUGCAAGGGCUGCAGGCACCCUGUUGGCUGAGAAGAAGAAAUCACUGGUUGCUGAGGAUCCCCUGCAGCUUUCAGAGAUGAAGCAAGAGAAAGCAACUCCACCACAGUCUUUGGAAUUAUUGUUACUGCCAGUCCCUAAGGGAAGAGCAUCCAAACCCACUAGUACAGCCUCAGAAGAAGAAGGAGGAAAACCUUUCCAGUGUCCGAUCUGUGGUUUGGUUAUCAAGAGGAAGAGUUACUGGAAACGGCACAUGGUGAUUCAUACAGGUUUGAAAAGUCAUCAGUGUCCACUCUGUCCAUUUCGCUGUGCACGCAAGGACAAUCUCAAAUCACACAUGAAGGUUCAUCAGCACCAAGACAGGGGUGAGACUUUUCAAUGCCAGCUAUGCCCUUUUACCUCCUCCCGCCACUUCAGCCUGAAACUCCAUAUGCGUUGCCAUCAACAUUUCCUCAGGACAGAAUCCAAAGUGAAAGAGGAAAUACCAGAAACUGAGGUGAAGGGGUCACCACAGCUAAAUAGUGACUCCUGCCCGGGACCACAGAGGGAAGGAGGUGGACCUGACCUUACAGGAUCAGCAUCUGUAUCUAAAACACCUGAUGUGGCUGGGCAGCCUAGUGGAGGUAUUCCACCUUUACUAGUGAAAGAAGAGCCCAAAGAUGACAAUGGCAUCUCAGCUGCACCUUUUGCUCUUAGCACUGUUGACAGAGCCCCCAACAACACAAAGCUGAAAGACUCCUCUGACUUUGUGGCCAAUACAGCAUCAGCACUAUUCAGCCAAGACAUCUCUGUCAAGAUGGCAUCAGAUUUUCUUAUGAAGCUGUCAGCUGCAAAUCAAAAAGAGCCCUUGACUCCUAAAUUUAAAGUGAAAGAGGAGCCUAAGGAUGAAGAAGCUGCAAGUUCAGCCUUGUCUCAGUCCAGCUAUGUGUUCAGCCAGGAAUCUGAAGCCUCAGCUCCAAACAUCCCUGAGGAGAAACUCAAGCCACAGGAAGCGCAGGCAAAUGUGAUGAGGCAGGAUAUGUCGGUCAAGGCAGCAUCUGAGCUCCUCAUGAAGCUCUCAG